UUAAUAGUAAAGCGUUUAUCUUUAACCAGUUCAGCUAAAGCUACUGUCUCUCAGCUAAAAAGGUUACUCUUGUACCUUCUAUAGUGUUCAAGUGUCCGGUAUGCAAGCGUGGUGGGUUGUACAGGUUUCGUAGCGCGAUCGGCUACGACGCUAUUUAUAAGGUUGUUAAUUCGGGGGCAGAGUUUACGUCAGGCCGUAAAGGAGAUGGCAGAGGCUGCAGAGCGACGAGGCAGGUGGGUUUGGUGCGGGAGCAGUGUCAGCCGGGGUCGGAAAGAAGGUGCGUAGCGUGCGCGCCCCGUCCUUUGACCCGCCAUGGCAGACCCUGAUAUUGAUUUUACCGCUGGGGACGCUGGGGCCUCCAGCACGUACCCCAUGCAGUGCAGCGCCCUGCGCAAGAACGGCCACGUGCUCCUGAAGGGCCGCCCCUGCCGGAUCGUCGAAAUGUCCACCUCCAAGACCGGCAAGCACGGCCACGCCAAGGUCCACUUGGUUGGCAUUGACAUUUUCACCGGCAAGAAGUAUGAAGAUAUCUGUCCUUCCACCCACAACAUGGAUGUCCCCAACGUCAAGAAAACAGAACUUCAGCUAAUUGGCAUCACAGAGGGGUAUCUCUCCCUGCUAACAGAUAGUGGAGAAGUGAGAGAUGAUCUCAGGCUUCCAGAGGGGGACCUUGGCAAAGAGAUUGAGAGCAGAUUUUCUACCGGGGAAGAUGUGAUGGUAUCCAUGCUGUCUGCCAUGGAGGAAGAGGCUGUUGUUGCCAUCAAGUCAGUGGGUAAAUAGGACCGCACUGGGCUCCAAGGCUGAGAUGACUCCUACCACAAAUCUUACAUUUUGGUUCUAAUUCUCACCAAAGCUGCAGCCUGCACCUACAACCUCAGAUUGUUUUUUUUUUUUUUAUCCUUCUAAAAUCUUGCUGGACCUUUUUACAUACAGCUUGUCUCA